AUGACUCACGGUAGUGACAAAGAAAGUGAUGAGCAGAGUGAUGAUGGAGAAGAAAAACCCAGCAAGAACCAGAAGAAGAGAAGUAAAGGAGGAAAGCAUGUGUCUUUCCCCCCUGAUGAACAGAUAGUGUCUGGCUUUGCUGAACACAGGAGCACUGACAGAAAGGCUGACAGCUGCCUCACCUUGACGGAGGUAGCGGUGGCCUACCAGCAGAGCUGCAGCAAACACCAGGUCCAACCUAGAGAACACAUCCUACACCAGCUCCAGCAGGGUGUGUGUGUAGGUGGCAGUGUGAAAUGUCUGGAUCUCAAAGGUGAGCGAUUAGACCACCGCUCCUGUGAAGCUCUGGAAGUCGUCCUGAAAUCGCUGCACUUUGAUUUCAUCAAUCUGCAGGCAGCCCAACUGGAAGAAAAUGGAGCCUCGUCGUUGCUGGAUAUGAUUUUGUACUAUGAAUCUACAACCCAUCUUGACAUUUCUGACAACAGCAGUAUGGGAACAUCGGGUUGGAGGGCCCUCGCUCAUUUGAUAAAGCAGAGUGUGCGUCUAUCAAGACUGGAUGUGUGUAAUGUGCCCGUGGUGGACUAUCCGGCCCAGUCUCUAGCUAAAGCUCUGCUGACCAGCCGGCUCACAGUGCUGCACCUUCACAAUGCCCAGCUCAGUGGCAUGCCACUGUACACACUGAUCGGUGCGCUGAAGUCAAACCGGGCUCUACAAGAGCUCCACCUUACCAACAACCUGCUGAACAGUUACCAGGAUGCCCUUCAGCUAGGUGACAUGCUACGCUACAACACCACUUUACGGAUGCUGGAGCUUAGUAACAAUGCUGUAGCAGAUGCUGGCUUGGAGGAGCUGUGUGAUGGUCUGAGGUGGCAGACGGCAGGUCUGAGGGUCUUAUUACUGAGGAACAACCAGAUCACUGCAAAAGGCAUGGUCCAUCUGGCCAAGGCGCUGCCAGUGCUGAAGGUCUUGCAGGUCCUGGAUUUGGGAGAAAACCUCCUGGGGAACGAGGGGAUCCAGGUAAUCAGGGAGCCUCUGAUGCUGAACUGCUCAGUGCUGCAGCUAGGCCUGGCCCAAGCCAACAUCACCUGUGAAGGUGCCGUGGCAUUGGCCGAGUUCCUCGCUGAGAGUCGUCAGAUUCAGCAACUGGACGUCCGUCAGAAUGAGGUGAAGGUUGGAGGUCUGAUGGCCUUGUGUCUGGCACUGAGGAUAAACCAGUCUCUUGCUAGCCUGGAUUUGGACCACAUACAGGAGCAGGACGACUUCCUGAUGGAGACCCAGGCCAGGCUUCUCUCAGAGAUCACCCAGAGGUGCCUCGCCAACGCCGGCCUCUCCGGCCAUGCCACGCACGCCUCUGAGAUGUUACCCGCUGAGGCCGACCAACCAGCUGACAGCGUGACUACAGAUUAA